ACUGGCUGCGCAACAGAUCGCAUUUCCACACGUGCACAAUUGACGACAACACGGACGAAACAUGGCGAGCCACCUUCGCUUCGUAGCUCGGACUGUCAUGGUCCAGAACGGCAAUGUCGACGCGGCAUAUGGCGCGCUGAGCAGAGUGCUGUCUUCUGAUGGAAUAAUUGAAUCUGUAAAGCGAAGAAGAUACUAUGAGAAACCUUGUCGUGAGCGAGAGAGAAAGAGCUAUGAGAACUGUAAGAGAAUCUACAACAGUGAGAUGGCCAGAAAAAUAUCUUUUGUAUCAAGGACACAAAGACAAGAUCCAUGGCUUGGAUGUUAAGAUGACAAACUGACGGUUUUUGUCGAGUCAGACACCGUGAUCUGCCUCAAAAUAAAGAUUCACUGGAACAUUUUACAUGUUCACCAUCAAAAAAAAUAAUUGCAGGACUGUGUUCUGUCAUAACCUUAUUUCCAUUUUGAAUAUUGUGAUAUUGUUGACUUAACAUGCUGUCUAUAAACUGCUGUAUGUUGGUAAUAAUAAAAAAGCUGUCAAAUCA